CGCGGACGUAGCUAAAAUGUUGCGGUGAGUUUUUGACAAAACUUAUUUAGACCGGAGCAAAAUUGUCUGGUGGUGAAUCAGCUGCGAUCCUUCGGGGACUUGAUACUCGCAACCUACAGUGAGCACAGUGGUGCCAAAGCCUGUUUUUGUAGGUUAGAUCUGAGUGAGAGUUGACUUGAUCAGAAUCCAGCAAGCUUCAUUUAUAGCAGCCGGUAGUACAUGUACGUCGAAUGGAAUUCAUGUUAAGGCGCAAUGGGCAUGCUCGCAUAAUGUCGCCAAUUUGAUUUUGUUCCAAAGUCGGCGAAAACCCCCACACAAAUUCCCGGAACAUAAUUCGCCAGUCACGUCACGUUCGGCCGGUGCAAAACACCAGACUUUGACUUCUCGUGCAACACUACAAUAACACUGAGUGGAUUUACACGUGACUCGAGCAAGUACUGUUCUCACAACGUCCCGCUGUGCUACGAACUAGAUUUUGAGUUGUCAGCUGGAGGCUUCUGUGAAAUUUGUUUUGACAGUAAAGGAUAAAAAAAAUUAUAGGGAGUUGAGAUAUCCACCGGCUCCGUUCACGACAGGCAAUUUCCGGAGAUAAAUAUUUAUUGUCAGAAAUUCCGGUGGAACAAAGUUACUCCUCCAAAUCUGUUGCGUUGAGAGGAUUGGAACUGUGAUUUUCAACUGACACCCUUUUCUGAACAAGGACACCUCCCAUCGAAUUGCCAAAUCGUGUCAUCGCACAUACUUUUGGCAAAGAGUAAAUAUUAGUAGCUGUCCAGGAGCGUGCGGUUGUAAGGUCCCACCGGGUCAACCGUACUGAAUUUGCUGUCAACAGUAAUUAUUAUUGUUCGCAGAAUCGCCUAGAAGCCACCGUUCUUCCCAUCAGGUCAAACAGUGGUCAUCCAACUUGACAAAGACAAUGGGUCUUGCGUAUCCGGAGCCUACUUUGUGGGCACGUAGACCACAAUCACGUACCCAGGCUAUAGUCCUUGCUACAUUCGUGAUCAUCUGUGCCUGGUUGGCCGCUUCCACCGAGGCAGCCACUCACUGCUUUGGCUGCGAGAAUACUAUCGUAGACUGCGACAUGGACCGCAUGGUCUGUCGAAGCCGUUGCGACCAGAAAGUCGCUUGUCGCGGCGAGAACUCUUACUGCCUGGUGGCCACGUAUCUCGACCCGGACGCGGCGUCUGUCAACGGCAGCGAUGCCCCCCAGCGGGCAUCCUUGAUGUGCUUCGAACAGGACUACUCGCUCAAGGAGACCGACGUCACGCCUCACUUCUGCGGUGUCGUGCUGGACAGUGGCGUGGACUACUCCGGAGGAUCCGCGGACGACUCCUUCUCUUACACCUGCACGUGCACGCACGAUUACUGCAACGACGCCAUUUACUUGCCGGGUGCCGAGGAGCCCAAACUCCCCACCGUGGUGGCCGAGACGGAUGGCACGAUAAAGCCCGAUGCAUCCAACACGCUUCAAGGGACUCCUUCCAAGGGUGCAUCUGACAUUGUGACCACGCCGAAUGACAAGGUCGGGUCAUCUGAUGAUGGGACAGAUGGAGGGAAGCAAAUCCUUGCUAUCGUGCUACCACUAGGCCUUCUCGCAGUGAUUGUCCUCGUCGUUGUGUUUGUCGUCACCGGUUUCUACCUUCACCGCUACUGUCAGAGGCUGAAGCAGGACCGCAAGAUGCACCCUCCAACGGAGAGUACCAGCCUGGACUUGACAACCGAGGAUAGUGACGUCAAGGUCAUAGGCCAAGACACCCCACCUGAGAGUCCCGUGCACCUGCGCGGCAACUACCUGCCCAUAUCGCUGAACACCGUCAUCGGGAGAGGGCGCUUCGGCGCAGUCUGGAAGGCGGACUUGAAGCAAGCCGAGGGUGGUGUCGAGACGGCUGUGGCUGUCAAGAUCUUUCACGAGAUGGACUCGGCCUCUUGGAGCGUGGAGAAGGAGAUGUUCACCGACGAGACGGUCAUGCUCAAACACGAGAACGUGGUGGAGUUCAUUGCAGCCGAGGUGCGGCCAGGCAGCUAUGACUCCCAGCGCCAGUUCUGGCUGGUCACAAAGUACUACCCCAAGGGCUGCCUGUACCAGUACCUGAAGCAUCAUACCGUGGGCUGGCAGGAGAUGUGCCGACUAUCGGGUACCACGGCACGUGGGGUGGCCCACUUACACGCCGACGUAUAUGGACCUCAUGGCCUCCACAAGAUCCCCGUGGCACACAGGGAUCUCAAGAGCUCCAACGUGUUGGUGAGAAAUGACGGGACGUGUGCCAUAGCAGAUUUUGGGUUGUCUAUACAACUAGACCCUACGUUGUCAAUAGACCAACUGGCCAACAGCGGUCAGGCGGGUACCCCUCGCUACAUGGCACCCGAAGCUUUGGAGAGUAAGGUCAACCUCCACGACAUCGAGUCCUUCAAACAAAUGGACGUGUACUCCCUCAGCCUGAUCGUUUGGGAGAUAGCCAAACGUUGCUACGUUGGCGAUGUGGUGUCGGCAGAGCUGGAACACCAGCUGCCGUUUCACGACAGCGUGCCGGGCCGUGCGAACAUCGAGGACAUGAAAACGGUGGUAUCACUUCAGAGAGAACGACCGGCCAUCCCAGACUCGUGGCAUGAAAAUACGGGCAUGCAGCUUGUAGCAGCCACCGUGGAGGAUUGCUGGGACUGCGACCCCGAAGCCCGCCUGACAGCGCACUGCGUGGAGGCCCGCUUCACUGAACUUAUCACCUGGACCGAAGGGGAGCAGAACCCGGGACAUAAUGACAUCAACACUAUCACCGUAGUUUGAACCAAUAAUAGGUUCAUUAAAUCAUUCCAAAAUUACUUUAUUUGUAGUCGAGCCCCUCAUGUGUCCAUCACAAGUCAAUGAGUCUUCAAGUCACAAACUAUUUUAAAUUAACUGCGACAAAAGACAUUCUACUGUUAAAGUGUUAUCGUUCAUCCCCAGUUUCUUGUGACUGGACUUGUGCGAUUUACUUUGACAGGUGUCGUAUGAAAUUUGGACUCCUUCGUGCAAUUUGGUCUUUACACGUGAUCUGUCAGAGUUCUACUUAUCUUAACUUGGGCAUGCGCCAUUCAACCAAUGAGUCCGUAUUUGUAUCGUUUCGGUUUGCGGUAACACCAUGUGGUAAUAACUACUGCUUAGAAG